CUUGUUCUUCCAUUAAAAAAACCAAAAACCUUUGACAAAAUUGCAGACGGAGAGUACAAGAUUUUAGUCACGCUGACACUUCUGCUUUUUGCUUCCUACAGCAUUAUGAGAAAAUGAAACUGCUGCAAUGGCCAGGGCAGGCGAAGGGAAUCGGGGAGAAAGCAGAAGCAGAAGAAGCCUAUUCACCCUAACUCAAGUGAAUGGGGAGGGGGGAACAAAGCACCAUAAAAGAGAAGUAGCCGUGCAUUCAAAAGAGCAGGCACAGAAGAAAGGAGAUCAUGCAAGUCUGCGGCGAUGGUCAGCAUGCGGCAAUGGCACUUCAUUCUGGGAAUGUUAUUCUUCAACCUAAAAGGUUGCAUGUCUGUUCUGACUGGUCCUAAAGCACUGAGUGGAUUUUUGGGCAGGUCACUCUCUGUGAGAUGCAAAUAUGAUGCUGGGUUUAAGAAACAUGUAAAAUAUUGGUGCAAAGGAGGUCCAUGGAGCAGUUGUGAAAUAGUUGUUCGGACGACAGCAUCUGAAGAAGAAAGGACGGCUAGCAGAGUUUUUAUCAAGGAUGAUCGUUUUCGUUUGGAAUUCACAGUCAGACUAGAGAACCUCACACAGGAAGAUGCUGGGAUUUACUGGUGUGGCAUAGAAAGAACUGGCUCUGAUUAUGGAGUCCCUGUAAAUAUCACUAUUCUCCCAGGUCCUUACUCUGGAUUACCCAUCAUCAGUAAUAGUACAGUGAGUGGACCCUUGGGUGGGUCGUUAUCUGUCAUAUGCCGUUAUUCAGAAGCAUAUGAAUCCUAUCUGAAAUUCUGGUGCAAGGAUCUGAAUUACCAGUGCAAGAAAAUUAUUGAAACAACAGAAUCAUCUUCCCUAGUGAAACAGGACAGAUUCUCUAUCAAUGACAAUCGUAGCCUCUGCCUAUUUACAAUUAUUACAGAGAACCUGACUCUGGAGGAUAUUGGGCAAUAUCGGUGUGGGGUAAAUAUACCACUUGGGUUUGAGGAUUAUUUUCCAGUCACUGUGGUUGUCUUGCAAGAGCCUCUCACUACUACAGUAGCAGCGGCAGCAGUAACUACCAGAGGCCCAGACUCUGAACCACCAGGCCUUUUCAUCACAAUCCUGUUGCCGGUUAUUUUUCUGGUGCUGGUGGUGCUCUUAGUAGCAGCUUUGCUGCUAAUGCGGAGCCUGAAGAAGCAAAAAGCUGCCAAAGCAUGUGGGGAUAUCCUCCUGUCUACGGCUCCUAAUCGUGCAGAAGGCAAUACUUCUGAGAGAACUGAGAAACCAAAGCAGAGACCUCACCACAAGACAGCUCCGCCCAGCUCCCACCAAGCAACAAACCACACAGAAGAAGUGGAAUAUGCAACCGUGAUGAAAGCUUCGACUUCUGCUUCUCAGCCAGAGGUUCUUCCCAUGAGUAGAAAAUUUGCCAAUGCUUUUUGCUCUUUUUAUAUCCCACCUUUGAUCUCCAUGCAUGUUAAGGGGCAGCGCCUAAAAACUUAUAUCGUUUUUGAGCGCAUCACAAAGAAGGUAGUUUUGGAAAGACCCCUGUUGCUUCGUGCAACUGAUUUCCCGAGUUAGUGAUUCACAAAGAACCCUGGGGAAAUGCAUACGCCAUAAAUUACAGCCCAGACCAUCGCUGCCACCACGUAAUAGGCUUCUCAAAAUACAUGCUUCUGUUAGUAGUGCAAAAUGGGUCUUAGUUCAUUUUGGUCUGUAUUAAGUCUGGCAAUGCCAGGACUGCAUAAAUAAUGGGCAAGAUCCACACAAGCUCUCUUAGGUCCAGCGCAGGAGCAUGUCAGUUACUAUGCAUGUGCCCCAAAGUGUGACUGUCACUGCUUAUAUUGGACUUUAAAGACACAUUCUGUUAUCCUUAAGUCACAAUGUGGCGCUGCAGUCAACUGAGGUUUUCCCAUGAUGCAACAAACUCCCAAAAGACUGAGCCAAAGCAAAUUUGGGUGGAUGUUGGUUGCAGCACCAGGCAUUCCCCACCAUCCCUUUGGGUCUUCCCUCUUCUGAAGCAUCGCUGUUGGUCUAAGCUAGAAAUGGGAUGCUGAGUGGAAUGAACUUCCAUUGCAAUAGCACUCCCCUAUGGCAGAGAGAUUCUGCAUGUUUACUCUCUGUACCACAGCAGUGAUGUCUAGAGUCUCUGAGCCACUACUAGCAAAUUCUGCCCAAGUACAAUCUUGCAAUAUGUUAGGCAAACCAAGAGUGUGUGCACUUGUGUUGCAUAUUAUUAUGGGAUUAUCCUGCCCUUCCUCCAAGGAGCAGGAUUUGUGACAGGCUCUGAGAAGCUUGUGGGUUGACUGUCGUUUGAGAGCCUGCCUCCCUGCCCUUUCUAUUGGAAUAGACUGUUUGCCAGUGUGGAUGAGAUUCCCCCUCCAUGUUUGAGACUUGGUCUCCCUGUCAGAUAGGCUAUGCUGAGAGAAAUUAGACCCCCCCCCCAGUUUUCUGGGGCUUGGGUUUGACUCUCCCCAGUCCAAAACGAACACACUGCCCAUUAUAACAGGGGUGGAGAACCUGUUUUAGCUGGAGGCCCACAUUCCCUUCUGCACAAACUACUUGCGAAUUUUAUCUUGUUUCUACACACACUGAGCACAC